GUUGUGGGUUCGACAGUUCUGUACCCGGGCAAAACUAUGAGCCCCGCAAUAUAGCUAAAUGUGAAGCCCGUAUGCCUUCUCUCUUCCCCUUCAGGAUUUCUCCCGAGUGGCCCGAGUCAUACGACCGAGUGACAGCGAAAAAUUCGAAUGGACAGAUAGGAAGCUUGGGACACACAUGAUCAAGUAUUUCAAGGAUGUGCCGAUUAUCGUAUCAUCCAGCGAACUAGGCUUGGCACAAGGAUAAGCCUUGAAGCUAAAUUUGCAGACCUAAGGUAUCACGAAGCUGGAAGAUAAGAUAUUUAAAAAAAAUUAGUCUUUUGGCGACCGUCGCUGGCAUUCACGAAGGGCCUCGCGGGGUGUGCAGCUCUCGCUCCUCCCACCGUGAACACCACGAUCCCAGGCUCAGGCGACAUAUUCUCAGGCAUAACCUCUUAUUAGGAAAAAAAACAGGGACGUUGUAUAGCUGUUCUAUGCAAUAAUCGCGCGACAUAACGGCCUCUCUUCGCAGAAGCUCACAUUCCAAGGGUACAAAUCACCCUCGAAAUACCCCCAAUGUCCAUAUUUCAGCCUGAACCCGCCCCACCUGCCAAUUAAACGAGUUCAAGAUGAGCAUAGGAGCAGAGAGCACUCAUGAAAACUUUGCCCGCGUUGCGCCACCUGCCAGUACAGGGAUCAAAAUUGCCAUAGUCGGCGCUGGGUAUGCUGGUCUUUCCUGCGCCAUAGAAUGCACUCGGAAAGGUCAUCAAGUGGUGGUCCUGGAAAAAGUACAGGAACUCAAGGUUCAGGGUACGUCGUUCCUCAACAUUGAUAGCAAUGACGACAUGCGCUUAAUGAUGAGCAUUUUGCACAUAGGAGACGUAUGUGGCGAAAGUAUGGCAAAUGAAAUCACUGACACUGAAAUUUGUUUUGUAGAUCCUCAGUCUUGGACCCAACGCUGGUCGAAUCUUGGCCCGAUGGGGACUCCAUGACAAAUUAUGGCCGCUCUGCGGGCACCCCACUGCUCUUAACCUGCAUAACUACCUAGGAGAGCUCGUCCGAGUUCAACCUACCAUUCAACCCCUCUUUGGCGCUUACAGUUACAAUGGACACCGGGCGGAUAUUCACAAGGUUCUAUUCGAACACGCUAUUUCGCUAGGGGUAGACAUCCGCAUGUCUACAGAAGUGGCAGAGUACUGGGAAGACGACAGCGAAGGAAAGGCUGGCAUCAUCCUCAGCGGUGGUGAAAGGAUAGAGGCGGACUUAGUCGUCGCGGCCGACGGAAUUAGAAGCCCUGCUAGGAAAUACGUCUUGGGCUACAGCGACAAACCAAAACCAUCUGGGUAUGCUGUGUACAGAGCUUGGUUUGACGCUGCGGAGCAAGGUGUCGAUAAAGACCCUAUGACAAGUUACAUGUGUAAGGACGGUGACGUCUUUCAUGGAUGGAUAGGACAAGACGUCCACAUGCUCACUUCAUCCAGCCAUGGCGGGAAAACGAUCUCCUGGGUCAUUACCCACAAGGACGAUACGGAGCUGCAGGAUAUUUGGUCUUUUCCGGGUAAGAUGGAGGACGUGCUGGAGGUGGUAAAGGGGUGGGAUCCACGUUGCGCAGCUAUGCUUUCAAAGGCGCCUUCCUGUAUUGAUUGGAAGCUCAUCGUUCAUGAUCCGCUCCCAACGUGGAUCAGUAAGUCAGCCCGCGUCAUUCUUAUCGGGGACGCUGCGCAUCCAUUCCUGCCGACGAGCGUUCAAGGAGCUUCGCAGGCCAUUGAGGACGGAGUCACCUUGGCGGUUGUCCUCCAGCUAGCUGGUAAGGGGCAAGUCACUCUAGCAGUCAAAGCCUGGGAGAAUCUUCGCUAUCAGCGUGUGCGUAAGAGCCAGCUCAUGGGAGAGGCUGUUCGAGACAAGUGGCAUCGCGUGAAGCCUGGAGAUCGAGGAGAGGAUCUGGAUAUGCCUAGACCGGAAUGGCUGUUUGGCUUUGACGCCGAAGCUCACGCAUACUCGUCGUACGAGGACACAGCGAAUGAGAUCGCUCAGAACGGCUAUCGAUUACCCACCCUGCCCCCAAGUUGAACCCGUUCACGUCAUAUGAAAAUGGCUGUCAAGUUGUUCACAAGUUUAGGGCGGAAGGGAACGGGUUUGGGGAUAUGUAAUAUGGUGUGAUGAUUGUAUUGAAUGUUGCAUGGAUAUCGUUAUUCAUCAUAGAUCGUGAUCU